GCGCAGGCGGGGCCUGUGGGUUUCUUUCUAUUGCCGGGGAAAGUAGCUGCUGUCUAACCAACAAAACUCAAUCAACAGAAAAGUCUUGAGCUUUUCUUUAUUCUAUCUUCAAUUCUCAAACCAACAAAACCAUCAGCUUCGAUUCUAUCCAUUCAACAAUAUCGCGUCUCCGUUCGACGCCGUCAGAAUCAUAAAUGCCAAGAUAAUCGCGACCAUCCAUCCAAAGUAAAACCUUUUCAGCCGCCGAUUGAUCCGAUCAGCAAUCGUCCGAUAUAGAACUAACUUGUUUACCUCGAAAUUUUGAAGAUCUUGGCCUGACAGGCUAAAUUCAUCUCUGGGAAAAUGUUUCGCUUUCUUGGAAGGCACCCUUUCUUUCUUUCGUGAAUCUGAGAGAGAUUUUGGCUUUCUUAUUUGUUUUAAAAAAUCAAAGAAUAAACAUGAGAUUCUUGAGUUUGAUGGGAAAUUCAUUUGGCUGUUCUGCAUCUGGAGAGCGUCUAGUUUCAGCUGCUAGAGAUGGCGAUCUUCAAGAAGCCAAAGCCUUGUUGGAUUAUAAUCCCCGCCUUGCUAGGUAUUCUACAUUUGGAGUCCGCAAUUCACCUCUCCAUUACUCUGCAGCUCAAGGUCACCAUGAGAUCGUUUCACUCUUACUGGAAUCUGGAGUUGAUAUUAAUCUGAGAAACUACAGAGGACAGACUGCUUUGAUGCAAGCUUGUCAGUAUGGUCACUGGGAAGUUGUUCAGAUUUUGAUUCUCUUCAAAGCCAAUAUUCACAAAGCAGAUUAUCUCAAUGGAGGAAAUGCGCUUCACUUGGCUGCACUGAAUGGACAUUUAAGAUGCAUUCGGCUACUAUUAACAGAUUAUAUUCCUAGCUAUCCUGAUAUUUGGGAUGUUCUUACUGGAAGAAUAAAGGAAGAGGAUUCUAACUCAGAAUUUGACAAAUGUGCCUUGUUUGAGAUAAUCAAUAGACGUGCUGAUGGAGGUAUAACUGCUCUUCAUAUGGCUGCACUUAAUGGACAUGUUGAAACUUUGCAAUUGCUACUUGAUUUGGGAGCUUCUGUUUCUGAAGUUACUGUCGGAGAUGGAACUACAAUUGACUUAAUAGGUGCAGGAUGUACACCACUUCACUAUGCUGCUUGUGGUGGAAAUGCUCAGUGCUGUCAGAUUUUGAUUGCAAGGGGUGCUAGUUUAACGGAUGAAAAUGUGAAUGGAUGGACUCCAUUGAUGGUAUCGCGUUCAUGGAAUAGAGAUUGGCUUGAGCAGAUCCUUAGCACAACAAGGGCACAAGUUCGGCCUCAACAACUUAUUCCUUCACCUUUCCUGUCUCUUCCUCUUUCGAGCAUUGUGAAAAUUGCUAGGGAAUGCGGAUGGCGGAGUGAUUCUGUUGGAUGUGUUGAUCCCUGCGUUGUUUGUUUGGAGAGGAAGUGUACCGUUGCUGCACAAGGCUGCGAUCAUGAGUUCUGUACACAAUGUGCGAUGUACCUAUGUUCGACAAACACCACAACCACAGCAGGAAGCCAUGGCCCACCAGGAUCAAUCGCUUGCCCACUUUGCCGACAUGGAAUAGUUUCCUUCAUCAAACUCUCCUCAACCAGGCCUCUACCAAAAGAGGUUGCUAGAACAAGUUUGUCUUUGUCACUUUGUUCAUGUUCAAGUGAGGUUUCCGAAUCCAAUACAACUUCGUUCGAGACCCCAUUAUGCAAGACAUCAGAUUUCCAUUGCACAACAAUCGUCCCACUUGGAUCAUCUUUCCGUUCUCUUAGCUGCCAAAGGUUCCCAUCUUUGAAGUUCAAUCAUGGUUUUUGUAUGGGAGCUAAUUCAGACGAUACAAGCCCUUCUUUGGUACAUAGGAAUAGUGUGGAUGGGGCCCAUUUACGAAACCAGCUUGCUCGAUGUUCAAGAACAUCGGGUUUAAGAAGAUCUUCUUCACACAACAAUGAAAGUAGAAGGUCGUGGUUUUGUGCGCUUAAUCAAUAUGUAGCAACAGGUGGUGGAUGCUGAAAGAAGAUGCAUGUAUAUUUUAUUUUUUGUCGGGAUUGUUUGUGGUCGUGAUUCUCCUUCUAAUUUGAUGUAUAAACUUGCGCAGAAAUGUUAUUUCUGCAAUAUUUGUCCGAUUUAAGGAAUAUUUGAUUGUAAAUAAAAAUUUUGUGGUUGCAAGCUUCAUUUGAAAUUCAA